GACCUGACACUAACAGAUGAUACUGUUUUGGAAGAACACAAUGAAGACCCCGCCUUGGUUCAAAUGCGACUCAUUGGCGAUGGAGUGGUGGAGUCCAUCAUGCGAGGUGAAAACGUAGGCAUAACUCCAAGAAGAUCAAGAUCAUCUGCCUUACUCCAAAAAAGUUCUCAUUCACCACCUCAGAAUCGCCUGAUAAAGGGAUUGCCGAGUGUUACCUGCAGCGUAAACUCAAGGAAACCUAGAUCGGGUAGGUUUGCUGUCCUAGAGGCUGGAAUUCCCCCGGAACCGCCGGAUAAAGAUGAAUGA